AUAUCAAGAUAAAACUCAAUAAAUCAUUCCAAUUCUCUAAUCAAAAUGUGGAGCAACAAGUUCUUCUUCCUUCUUCCAGUUGUAUGCAUCGUAGUGUUCGCUACUUCUCAACCAUUGCCAUCACCACAACCUUCCCAACUAGAUUGUUGGUCAUCACUAGAAGUUAUUCCCGACUGUGUCCCGGAAAUUUUCCGAUCGAUAACAAAUGGACAGUUCGGGAAUGUAGGUCCUUCUUGCUGCCAUGCUUUUAUAGGUCUCGAUACUGAAUGCAUCCCUCAGAUGUUUAUCUUCGCUCCCCUCAUCCCGCCUUCUCGCAGACUCAGGGAUCAUUGUUCCCACAAAAUAAUUGUGCCAUAAACAUUUUGAGACUUUGUUAGUUGUUACAAAGAGUUUGUUAUUCUACAUGUUUUAGACUAUAAAUGUGCUUAUAGUGUUAUGUUUCUGCUUAAUUAACUACGUACGUUCUCUACUAUAAGAUAUCAAUAAUUAACUUCCAUGUGAACAUGUGUCAUUUAGCUAUAAUAAGUGAAUACGUACUAGGAUACGUUGGUUUAUUUAUCAAAAUUGUACACAUUGCAUUUGCUUCACAAUUGUUUGGAUGACUUUACAAAGCGCUUGUUUACUUAUGGCCUUAUGGGUUGUGAAUUUUAAUCGAGCAUUGUUCAUAUUGUAGUCCUUCAAAUUUUGAGUUUUUUCUCGUAUAUACACAUAUGUAAACUCCAAUACUC